UGAAUGAAACGUAAUAUUCUCAGUUCCUAUCUCCUGUGUUUUCAUUAAAUUGGAAAAUCAUUUCAAUUCUGCGCUUUUUCCGUUCCAGAAGGAAAAGUCCAUUCCGCAAACUAAUUGCCGCCUGUUUCAAUACAAAAACUCGAACUCUCUCUUCCGUUCCGCUCCUCUCGCCUUUUUCCCUCCAACUGCCAACAAAACCCUUCUUCGCGCCUCCCUCCCCUCCCUUUCUCUCACUCUCUCAAUUCAAUGGCCAUGGCGACCAACUCCGCUCAAGAUCCGACGCGUUCAGCUCCGCCGUCUCCCUUCCACUUCCAGCUCCUCCAUUCCCAUCCUCACCUCCACACUCCGAAUCAAAACGUCGCCACCGCCUCUCCUUUCCCUCCUUCUCCCAAUCGAAUCUUCGCCUCCCCUCUCCCUUCCGCCGACGCCGGCGGCGGCAUCGCUCGCCACUGCAGCAGCCUUCUCGCUCCUCCCCCGACGGCAGCAACGAUUCUCCACUCGCCUAAUUCGCAUUCUGCUCUCUCCUUUAUCACUAACCACACGAGUGAGGAUGGUAAUUACAAGGUUCAAAAUGGAGGAGGAGUGGUGAAAGUCCCUAAUUGCUUCAGUCCAGUCAAGGGGAAGCAGCAUAACAAGGUGAAGGUCACAAAACAAAGCAAGUUGGCUGGGAAAAAGUCUAACCCUGAGUCUGUUGAUGGUCAGAGCCCAACCAGUGGUUGCAGAUACGACAGCUCUUUGGGGCUGUUAACGAAGAAGUUCGUGAAGUUAAUCCAGGAGGCCAAAGAUGGCACCCUUGAUCUCAACAAGACAGCAGAAGUUCUGCAGGUUCAGAAGAGAAGGAUAUAUGAUAUCACAAAUGUUCUGGAAGGAAUAGGGUUGAUAGAGAAAACUUCUAAAAACCAUAUACGGUGGAGGGAUUCUUCUGAUUGUUCUGGGACAAAGGAGUUUGAUUGUGAUGUCAAUAGAUUAAAGGCUGAAGUUGAUAGUCUUCAUUCUGAAGAAUGCAGUCUUGAUGAAGCUAUAAGGGAAAGGGAAGAAAGCUUAAGGCGCCUACAAGCGGAGAAAAGCAAUCAAAAGUAUCUCUUUCUGACAGAGGAGGAUAUUAUCAGCAUUCCCCAAUUCCAGAAUAGCACAUUGAUGACAAUCAAGGCCCCUCCUGCUAGUAAUCUCGAAGUUCCUGAUCCUGAUGGUGACCAGGACUUGGGCUCCCGCCAACACAGAAUGAUCAUUAGGAGUGUCACAGGACCAAUCGAAUUGUAUCUCCUGAGCAAGUAUAAUCACCAAGCGACGGAUGUGGUGGAAAUGGACACCUGUGACGAUGCUAGACAUAGUUGCAGCAAUUCACCAAAGGACUCUCCUUCUUCUGCAUCUUACACGCCUGGGGUUCAGAGGAUGGUACCUUCUUACAAUGAUAACUACGAUGACUACUGGCUGCAAUCGAAUAAUGAAGUGGGUCUCUCUCGAUUAUGGCGUGACUGAGUACUCAAAUGUAACCGUGCUAGAGUAUUGCAUCAUGUUACGACUUGUAUCUGGUAAUAUCCCAUGAUGAAGAGUCUGAUCUAGGUAUGAAUUAUCAGCAGUGCAGCAAUAUCUGAGGUGAUUCUUUUAUAGUUUUAGAUCCUGGUGGGGGAAACUAAGUGUAGAUAAUUAGCUUAUCCAGGGCUGAUCGCAGGGCUUACCAAAUAACAACCCUAUAUCAAGAUUAAGGGUUCGUAGUGAGAUUCGUUCAAGUAUUGGGCCAUAUAGUAAAUUUCUUAUUGUUGCAUUUCCAAUAACAAAAAGGAUGUAACUUUGUUACCAAAAAAAAAGCUCCUUUUUAUCACAGUUCGGUGGUUGAUUCAACUAGAUCUUUGUUCAAGAUCACAGAAAUA